AUGAUGAGGUUCCUUUCAAUCCUCGGUAUCUGCGCUAGACUCGCUCUUUCCUUCACGUCACCAAAAGGUGUCCCUACUGCCAUCACAUCCCGGGAUCCACCAACUGAGGUUGUCAAUAGGCAAUGGGCUGGUAUGGUCGUUAAGCAGCCUGCUGGUCAGGGAUUUACCAGUGUGGAGGGUACCUUCCAGGUUCCUGCUGCGUUGACGUUCUCUGAGAGUGCGCCGAGUGGGUAUAAUGUCGUUUCGAUCUUUCUUGGUUUGGGGGAUAAUGGUGAGUUCGCGCCCUAUAUAUAAUCUCCUUGAUGUAAAAGUCAUGGUAUCUCCAAGUCAUCACGUCUUUCUGUUCUCGCCUCCAGGUUUUGAAUCCAUAGACAAAUUUACUGACAUAAACAGACACAACCCCCCAAGUCCAAGCCGCAAUCUCCAUCAUGUCCCAGAAGAAAGGUGACAGCGUGACGACUUCCCACUACGCAUGGUACACCCUCUCCUCCACCUCCGUCCAAGAACAACUUGCCCCGACGCAAUUCUCCUUCUCCAUGACUGACACCAUCUACCUCCGUAUCAACGCGCACACUCUCUCCUUCGAGAAUCUCUCCACCGGCUCCUCUUACUCGAGAAAUCUUACCAGGACUGGUUUUGAGUGUAAGAAACGGCCUUGUGUGGCGCCGAAGAAUAAGGUCAGGGAUGGAGCGAUGGGAAAGGGAGAGACGGCGUAUUGGAUACUACAGGAGGGUGUUUCAACCGGACAGGAGUUUGGGGAUUUUGGGGUGCUGGAGUGGAGGGGUGCUAGUGCGAUGAGGAACGGGGUGAAGGUUGGUGCUGGGAGUGGGGAUCGCUGGGUUACUGUUGAUGGGGAGGGGGGUGGGAGGGUUGUGCAGACGGCUGUUAUUGAUGGGGAGUAUUUUCAGGUUGGAAGGUUGGAUGGGGUUUAG